AUCGAAUUAGGGAAAGCAAUAUUGGCACUUUUAACAAUAAAAAAGCAAAUUGAGUAAAAUACUAAAAUUACAAUAAAUUACCAAUUAUUAAGAACUAGUAUAAGAAUUAAAACUUUUAGGCUAAACAUGGAAUUAGCAACAUGCUAGCUAGCAGCUAUGUCUGUGCAUGCUAGCAGCCGCAGGUAGAACGUUUAUGACAAAAUUACCCAAAUCCUCCCACCGAAAAAUAGGAAUAUGGAACUAGACGACAUUUAUUAGAUCAAAGAAAUAUAUAAGGUUGUAUAUCUGUUUAAAUUCAAUCGAUUUUUCAGGCAAUAUGACGUUGUUUUGUGUUUUGUUUUUUUCUGACAAGAUUAUCCACGUAUUGUUUUUAUUUGCGUUUCUGUUUUAGACAGUUUUUAGACUUAGUCUUAUCUCAGCAUCAGAAAUAAUAAAAAUAAUAACAAUUUGCGUUCUUGAAUACAUCCGUGUAUGUGUCCUUUUUACGCAGUAUUUCCGGGCUGCUAAACGAGCUCGCUAGCUAGCUAGCUAGCACUUUUUUUUAUUAAAUAUAUAUUUUAUUACGAACUUAACUUAAAAAGGAGUAUAAAACAGUAUAAGCAGAAUUACAGGAACAUGUUUUGUGUUGUUACAGUCCGGGAAUUAUUUUAUUUUUAAAAACGCCAUGUUUAAAAAUGGGGGCACCUGUGAUGCCUUCAGGGCAGUCGUGACUUUCAACGCCUGGAUCCGAACUGACGUUUCGUGGCCAAAUCCGCUCUCUCACUUUUUCAACUCCUCCCUCGACACUCCCCCCUCCUCCCUUUUUCAGUCGCUUUUCCCGGACUGGCUUGAAGGCGUGCCCGCUGUAAACAACCAUGGCUGCUGACGACAUUGCACCGAGUCUUCGUGGAAAAGAGUACCUUCACCCACGUUGAUUUGUAAUCUGAUAAGGCGCCAGGCCCCGCGGCACAAGGGCACGCAGACGAUGACGAGGGAGGAGUAAACAGCAGCGAGGGAGGAAGCGGAACUCCAAAGUGCCUACCGUGAGGAGUCAUCUACCACUUUUUUUUUUAUAUAGAAUUGAGGAGGACAACGACACCGGGAGCCUGCUAGCUACAUUGUCAGAAGAUAACCACCGAGUCCUCCAACUUCUCAUUUCAAGGACGCCGACCCGCUCCAUCAUCUCGAUACUCAGAAGUCAUUCGUCUCCGGGCAGACCCGCCUCAGCAGACUUCCACCAUGUUGACGUGAACGUAAGAGCGGCGAAGGGUCGCUAGGCCUCGGCUCCCUUAGCAACACACCCGCCAUGCUUGCUCUCUUUGCUUUCAUUGGUGGCUUUUUAUGUGGACCCAGCCGACCUCUAACGUUGAACCCUGCUAUCUCAGCGCGGUAGAACGUCAGCUGACGCUUUUCCCAGGAGGAGCCAAACAGGGAACACGGAAAUCUUUUUUUUUUUUUUUUUUUUUUUAAUCCGUACAUCACCAUUUGACGCCACUUUUCCAUCCACUCUUGUUCCUCCGUGAUGGCCGUCAGCAUGAGCAUGGGGCGGGACACCAAAUGGUUGACCCUGGAGGUAUGUCGGGAGUUCCAAAGAGGCACCUGCUCGCGGUCGGACGCCGACUGCAAGUUUGCCCACCCGUCCCGCAGCUGCCAUGUGGAUAACGGACGAGUCAUCGCCUGCUUCGACUCGCUCAAGGGCCGCUGCACACGAGAGAACUGCAAAUACCUGCACCCGCCCCCGCACCUAAAAACCCAGCUGGAGAUCAACGGCAGGAACAACCUGAUCCAGCAGAAGGCGGCGGCAGCCAUGUUGGCUCAACAGAUGCAGUUCAUGCUGCCCGGCACGCAGCUGCAGCCCAUCACAACAUUCCCACUGACACCCUCCCUGGCAACGAGUCCCAGCAUGGCGUUCAGUCCAUACCUAAGCCACGUGGGCCCAGGCAUGGGUUUGAUGCCGGAGCUGCUGCCCAGCGCGCCCCUGCUGGUCCCUGGAAGCCCCACCGGCCUCGCCUCGGUGGGGAACGGCACCACCGCGCAGAAACACACGCGCACCGACAAGCUGGAGGUUUGUCGAGAAUUCCAGCGUGGGAACUGCACGCGCGGAGAGAGCGACUGUCGCUACGCUCAUCCCCUGGAGGCCGGAAUGGUGGACUGCAACGAGAACUCGGUCAUUGUUUGCAUGGAUUACAUCAAGGGGCGCUGCAGCAGAGAUAAGUGCAAGUACUUCCACCCCCCCACUCACCUGCAGGCCAGGAUCAAGGCUGGGCAGCACCAGGCUGGACAGAACACCACAUCCGCCUCCUUGGGUCUGCCAACAGGAGGCGUGCAGUCGCUACCAAAGAGGCCCAUGAUGGAGAAGAGCAAUGGCGCCAACGCCGCCGCCGCCACCGUCUUCAACCCCAACAUGUUUCACUACCAGCAGGCCCUAGCUAGCAUGCAGCUCCAGCAGCCGACCUUCAUCCCCACUGUAGAACCUUCUGAGCUUCUGACCCCCGACCCGGUGGAGCUGCAGUGCGUUCCCAUGGAAACCCACCUCUGCCCCGCCCCCAAACUGCUGAUGGCGGCUCCGGUGGCGCUAAACCCAGUAAGCCUUUCCCGACACGCCAGUUAAGGUCCCACACGGAAAGGCCAGCGUGUCCGAACGUGAGCACGCUAUGCUUUUCGGAGUUGGGGGGGGUUGGGGGGGGGGGGCUGCGUUGGAGAGCCACCAUGUUUUUACAGCCAUACAUACCGACACCUUAAAAAGUGCAGACGUGUCAGUCGUGCACGCCAAGGGAAAUGAAGAAACACAAAGAGAAAGACUAAACGCCCUUUAUGGGUUGGCGGCCCGACCUUUGACCUUUGACCUUUGACUGUUCCAAAGUCAGAAGCAAAUUCUGGAGGGGGGGCGGGGGGGACCAGUUGAAUGGCAAACAGACGUGCUUCACUAUCAUGACAUGUUUACAAACGUGACCUUUCACCUUUCACUUGCUCUGUCUUACGUUGUUUGUGCCUUUCUUUCUUUCACGCGCUGCAGAGGAGACACGGAUUCUUUCCGUACCGAAAUUCCAAUAAGCAUCAAUCGUUCCGAUCAUCGGGUCACAGAUAAGUCCAGGAAUGGUGUCGUGUCACCGCAACGAUAAGAGCAAAACGACCAUAUUUGAGUUUUACUACAAAAAAAAAAAAACAUUUCAGUUCCUAAUUUUUUUUUUUUUACCUUUUCCACUUCCACUCGUCUGGAAGUCCGGAAGCGAUGAAUCACGAUCAACUAUAAAUGAGGGACGACUUCCCGGGAUCGUGGUUAACGAAGACGAAGUCACCAAAGUUUUUAUGACACCAUUAUUUUGUUUACACAGUUAAACAGGAUGUGGCGAAAAACGCUUUUAUUUUGAAGGCCGAAAGCGUGUGUGUGUGUUGAGAAUGUCGAGCUGGGUGCAAGAAUAACAACGGUGCCUCUCGUGCUUGUUUUUAAGCCAACCUUCGUGUUUGGGAUGAGAGUCCGUCACGGUCCAGCGGUCCGCCGAGGAAACACGUCGUCACGAUGACGGCGUUUAAUUCCCAAAUUGUCCUUAGAUUCUGCACCAUACAGUGGAUCCCGUUUUUAUUGGCCAACUCCACGAAAAUCCGAGGGCCCAACCAUUUUUAACCUUGCAAAUUUGAUGACUUUGGACUCGACUUUAGAUGACUUGAAUUUGUCUUGGAGAUAAAUGAUCCAUCUACCCACCCACCAUCAAAGACUUGCAAAUCCACUCGGACUUGAUUAGGAUUUUAAUAUCAAUGACUGAGGAUUCGACUCUGACUGUCACAUUAGUGACUCCGGACUUGACCCAGACUCUCACAUCAAUGACUCGAGACUCGAAUUUGACUUUCACAUGAGUGACUUGGGACUAAACUCAGACUUUGACAUCAAUGACUCGACUCAGACUUUGACAUCAAUGACUCGGGACUUGACUCGGACUUUGACAUCGAUGACUCGGGACUCGACUCGGACUAUGACAUCAAUGUCUCUGGACUCGGACUUUGACAUCAAUGACUCGGGACUCGACUCAGACUUUGACAUCAAUGACUCUGGACUCGACGCGGACUAUGACAUCAAUGACUCGGGACUUGACUCGGAUUUUACCAUCAGUGACUCAUGAGCUGACACGGACUUUGACAUCAAUGACUCGGGACUCGACUCGGACUUUGACAUCAAUGACUCGGGACUUGAUUCGGACUUUGACAUCAAUGACUCGGGACUCGACUCGGACUUUGACAUCAAUGUCUCGGGACUCGACUCGGACUUUGACAUCAAUGACUCUGGACUCGACUCGGACUAUGACAUCAAUGUCUCUGCACUUGACUUGGAUUUUACCAUCAGCGACUAAUGAGCCAACACAGACUAUGACAUCAAUGACUCGGGACUUGACUCGGACUACGACAUCAAUGACUGUCACAUCAAUAACUUGGGACUCGACUCUGACUUUGACAUCAAUGACUCUGGACUCGACUCGGACUUUGACAUCAAUGACUGUCACAUCAAUGAAUCGGGACCUGACUCGGACUCAAUGACUCAGAUGAGGUGGCUCCGGCAUCUGGUCAAGAUCCUUCCCGGAUGGAGGGCGCAUUGGACCAAUAGGAGGCCUCGGGACUUGCAAAACAGGAACUGGCUCCCACCUCUGAUCAGGACCCUGGUCAGCUGACCUUGGGCCAGGCGCCUCCUGACAUGUCCACCGCCUCCAGUUAAGUUAGGCUAACAUGUAUAUUUUACGGGACACGGGAGGAAGCAGAAGUCACCACACAUGCGAAACCCCCGCAUUGAUGCCCAAACGGCCAACAUGGCCGCCAUGCUACCCACUCAUUUAUUUCCAUUUUGAAGGCUUUGCCUUGAAAAUGUCGCCUUUUUACGGCUCUUCUAGAGCGCUAGCGAAUGUCACAGACGUCGCGUGUGUGUGUUUCAAAGUCGCCGGACUCUAAACGCAGAAAUCGGCGGCUGCCGACUUUUACCCAAAUUCGAACGUGCCUCCGGAUGAUGGACGUUUCAUUUGGUGCAUUGCGCUAGUCGUCGGAAAACUUCUUAUUGUUAGUAUUACGGGUGCACGAUAUGCGGGAUUUAUCACAUUUAUCACUGUUUAAAUCCAAUAACAUUCAAAAAACGUGACGUUCAGGGCCCGUGGUAACUUCCGCUGACCUCUUGUAAACAAACUUUUAUUCUAAGAGGAAGAAAAAAAAAAUCAACAAAAAGUUUCCCACAGACCUCCAUGGCGGGACACCGACUGCUCGGAGCAUGUGCCCGAAUACAGUGCACCUUUCUGGGCCACAGCGUCUCUCUUCUCCCCCUCUGUACUCUGGUUCUCCUGGUCGUUCCAGUCCUAAAUUUUAAAUGUAAACUUUAAAAAGUAGAUAUACGAGAAUCAGUAAAAUACCGUGUAUCUCUAGUUUGUACACAACAAUGAAGUACUGAAGAUGUACCAGUUGUGUGAAUGUACUACCCAAUGCUACCAGUCGAAAGAUGACAUGUAGUCACUCUUAGCUAUGUUUAUAUUAGCCGCCAUGCUGCUACUAUUAUCGCAUAGAUUAGCAUUAGCCGUCUAAUGUGAUUCAUGUAGAAGUAGCCGUGGUAUAGCAGGUGUAUUAGCAGGUAUAGCCCUGCCUUUAAGAGUACUAAUAUAUACGUAAUAUACGCCAAAGUGCCCCAACAAAAACAUAAACCAUCAACUUAAAGGAAGCCGACUAAGCUAAGUCUCGGAUGCGUUGAAUGUGCAGGAAAAUCUACUUUGUACAAUUUUUUUUUUUAUUAUCAGACAUAAUAAGCUUUGUCCAUACGGCCAAGAAAAAACAAAAUAAUUCCGAGUUUAGUCUCGGUCUCCUCUGCCCUUUGUUUUGCCGCUCAUGUCUGCCGGAUACAAAAGGACUCCAUACUUGAUCAGGAAACUGUGCCUCCUGGCGGCUUUUCAAGGGGGGGGGGGCAACCUCUUCUCUCUUUUUUUUAACUUUCAUUUUAGUGUUUUUUCUCAAAUUUGUGUGUAUGAGAUGUUCUUCAAUACGGUGGAACCUUAGCUAGCGUCAUUCGGAGAACCAAAAUGGCUACAUUUAGCUCAUUUUUAACCUAAUUUCAAGUGAUGUGACACCAAAAGUAAAUAUGAAAUAUAAAUGAAACUAAGUGUGAUUUCGGAAUACGUUCCAGGAACCAAAGAAAUGCGGCCAUAAACUCACAGCCAAGCCAGGAAAGCGACAUUCCCAACAAUAACACAACAGUAUUGUGUUGGGAUAUAGAACAGGACUUACUUUCCCAUCCAAGAUGGCGGUUCAUCUCGCUGCCACAUCGUGUCUUCGGGAACGAUCACGUCCUCAAUGGAGAGGAAGUCCCAUUAAAUGUCCGUGUAUCCCUUCCGGUCCCCAUUUGUAUGCUUUUACGAUGGAUUUAGGCAUGGAAAACUACAAUGGUAGGGAAAACUGCAGGCUUUUCUGUGUGUUUUAAAGAUAUAAAAACAGCUAAAAAUAGACAGCAAAGAGUUCACGUCAAAGCCUCACAAAUGCUCCAUUUACAUAAUAUGACCUAAGUAUUACCCAAGAUUUAUUGUUAUUAUUAUUAUUGUCGCCAGUACCUCGCCGCUAACAGCUAGCUUAGGGGUCUGUUUGGUCGCUAUUUUGUCGCUAAUUCAGAUGCAUCACGAGUCUUUCAAGGUUCCGUGUCGGAGUCCGGUGCUCGGUGAGGAACAACGGAAAAAAAACGGAAACUGAUCCGAAAAGGUUGCCGACCCCUGGGCUACCUACUAGCCGGCUAGCUACUAGCCGGCUAGCGACUUGCUUAACCACACGCUCACAACGCCUCAGGAAACUAGCAAAAGGUAACGCUACAUAUCGGAGCUGCCGUCUUUUUGUUUUCACGCUAGCUGUAGCGCUACUUUGUGUGUUGCUACGUGACAUCAAUACGCCCGCUAAAGACCAAAAUAAGGCAAAAUACUGUCGGCAUGACAUCAUCACGAAUGGACGUGUUAGCACAUGUUCAUAGCUUAGAGUUCUUCAAUAUGCGGAACAGGUUAUCAGAUAGGAAUUAGCCUCCUCUUUUACCUGUUGUGGUAUCUUUAUAAUGCACAGAAAAGUGAAAUAUUCAAUAAGGCUUUAAGACCGCCAUUGGACUCACGUAGCGUGUCAACAACGCCACACGCCAAAAUUGUGACCGCCAAGCGAGGUUCCGCCGUAUGCGUGGGUUUGUUUAGCCAAAAAAAAAAAAAAGGGCCUUAUCGUCAUCGCUAACCGUCGCUAGCUAGCUAGCAGACGUAGAACGAUAACAACGACAUGUAUUCAUCUUUUAUUUGACACAGCAUGAAGGUACUCACAUCAACUAUACAUUUGUACACAACAAUGGGGGAGGGGGGGUCAUUGUUUGUGGUAACAGUUGCUAUGGCAACAAAGAGACAACAUGGCUACCUUUCUACGGUCCUUCUGGAGAACUGGAUAACUUAUUGGGAAAAAAGGGAAUGUUGAUGUCUUUUCUGUGAGGAAUUGUUGAAUAAUGGGGGUUUAUUUUGUUGUUUUGGUGUGUGUGUGUGUGUG